UUCCCAGGGCUACGGACCAGCCACCCAGACAGACGGACAGACAGACAGGGGAAGCAAGAAGAUGGGGCCAGUCACCUGCUUCAGCCUCUGCCUCCUCGGCUGCCUGAUCUUUAACCCCUCGCUGGCAGCAGGGGCACAGGCUGCAUCCUGUCCCAGGGGCUGGCUACACUUCCACAACGACUGCUAUGGAUACUUCCCCCAGGAGGCAACCUGGAAAAGGGCUGAGGCUCGGUGUCAGAGCUACGGCAGCGGCGCCCAUCUUGCCUCCAUUCACAGCGAGGAGGAGCACAACGCAGUUGCUGAUUUCAUCACCCGCUCUCAGCGCCAUGACGAUGAUGACGAUGACGGUGAUGAUGUCUGGAUCGGACUCCAUACCCCUGCCCGGAGCCGAAGAUGGUCAUGGGCAGACGGCUCUGAACUGGACUUCAGCGCUUGGGGUAGCCACAGAAGCUCCUCUUCCCCGAAGGGGGAGCCCUGCGUGGUGCUGGAGGAAGACACAGGUUUCGUGACUUGGGACAAGGACUCCUGUAAUGAUAGAAACCCGUUUGUCUGCAAGUUCAGGCCUUAGGGGAGGCAGGUCGCCUGGCCCUGGGGGCUCCCAACACCUGGGCUGUGAGUGAAUCGUUUCCCUCCGGCUCCCCGGGGAGACCAGAUCCUGUGUCCCCGGCUGCAAAGUCCCUUCUGCAAAGCAUCGCUGAGUUCCGCUGUGUCACUCCCGCUCUGCUCUGCCCCCUUCUUGGGGGGGUGUCUACUGUGUAGUUUUACCCUGGGCUCCCCCUCUUGUCUUUGCCCAAACCCUGCUACCCCCACACCCCGAGCCCUCCCGCACGUGCAGCCCGGUGCUCUGAGCCCCGGCUGGCUCGCAUGGCUGGGGCUGCGGGUUAAGGGUGGCCUUAGCUUGGGCUCCUGCCUGCCCCCUUUUCAGUGAAGGCGCAGGCAGGAGCACGCGAGUGACGACCGUCCUGCAGUGCCCUGCCCACAGCUCCCCACAACUGACACAAACGCCGGGGAAGGAACCCUGGAGCGUCUCAGCCCAGCCCCUGGGACAUGCCCCAGUGCACACGUGGGCAGGAACACGGAGCACACGGUCGAGCUUUGCAGUGGGGAUGCUGAGCCCUGCGCUAGGGUAGCCUGAGCGCUCAGUGCCGGGCGCCGCUCCCCCAGGGUAACUGAACCACGGCUGUCCCGCUCCCUCUCCACCUCUUCAACGCA